CAAAAAUUUAAUAAUUCUGCGAGUAACUAAACGUAUUCACCAAGCAGCUUGGGCUCGAAACUGUAUUUAACCGAUUUUUUUUAGAGUUUUAUAUGUUAUAGGCAGUGAAUUUGUGAAAUUAUGGAUACCAUGGAUUGUGGAGAAUUGAGAACUCCAGAGGAAGCGAGGAAGAUAAUAAAAACGGCUAAGCUUCACGAAUCAGAGCUGACAGAAAUCACACAAGUACUGAGGUUUCCCAACCCGAGCGAACAUAAUGACAGGCUGAAACUCAUGUUACUAGAUGAUAAUCUUCUGAAAGAAAUAGAAGCUGGAAACGACCUGAUGUUUAAAGGAGACCCAGACGAAAACGUAGUACUAUGCACCAACACCAAAACGUACGACGUAAAAGAAGCAGAAACAUCAAACAGCCUUCUUCUAGUCCCAGAACUAUUGUUCGCAGCAUCAACAGGCCUGGACGAGACCAUACAAAACGACUCUAUAGAAUCAGAAUCCUCAUUUGAAAAAUCAAACGCAAGUUUGAACAAGUCCACAGAAUCGGACGAAGGUUCUAGGCCCCCAAGGCAGAUAGUCCACAAAGACAUAUUAAACACUUUCUUCACAUACUACGAAUUGAAGCCUUGCAAGCCGAGGCUAACGAAGCUACGAAAAAUUCUAGAACCAACGAAAUACCAAGGAUUGGAACUAGAAUACGCAGUUGAUAAGACCAAGUUGUUAAGUUACGAAGCUCUCUGUGACAAAAUCCAGGCUUCGAAAGCCGAGCUAAAUGAGGAGUUAGAAAAAAUACAAGCUGUUUUAUUAGAUGGUCAUUAUAGAUUGUUAGAGUUUGAAUACGAAUUUCGUGUCUUGUCCUACAUGCUUGAUCUUAUAGAUGAAAACUCCUGGCCUUUGGACAAAAUAUCUAGAGAAAUUACUAUAGACAGUUUAAAAGAAUUGGUUCCUCUGCCAAUUUUGGAGGCUAUGUUUAGGUUUUAUACUGAUCCGUCGGUUGAAGAGGAUGGUGUUCAGUUCUAUCAGUAUAAGCAAGAUAAAGUGUGCAAGUUCUUGGCCAGAGUGCUACUGAAGAGUGCUGGGAAGUUCAAUCUGGAAGAGUUCUUGCAAGCUUGGAAGGAUUCUGUCCCUGAUGGAAUGGUGACUGAUGAAUCUCUCCUGUCUGGAAUAGCGCUAGUAGAUAAAUCCAGCACACCACAAGUAGUUUGGGGAUUCGCCGAGACCGACUUACCGGAAGAAAUUAACCAGCGAUUCAAGAUAUUAUUCCAAACCAAACCAAAGUGGACUGUCGAUCAGAUAUCGCCGUAUAUUGAAUGCUACGCAACAGAAAAACUGAACGUGAACGCUUUGCUAACGAAGUAUGCGCGGGCGUCCACACAAGAUGGAGUCAGAGUGUUCUCAGCUAAACAUAUGAAAUAAAAUGUAAGUGUAAAUGUGUGUAAAUAGGCCAAGUAAUCAUGUUGUGGGCAAUAAACGAAUAAAAUUCAAACUUACUCACUGAAUAAUACGUUUUAUUUUAAAAAUUAACUUACAUACAAAAUAUUCUAUACAUUAUUUUGAUGAGUAAAUUCAUUAUCGUUCAUAUUAUACAUAAUUAUUACUUAUUCAUAUCAUUAUUUACUUAAAUAACACAGCCUUCUUAUUCGUCAUUACUACGUUCUUCAGCCAGCAUUGUUCGUUACUUUCGAUUCCAAUAUUUA